AUGAAUACGUUGGAUCAACGAAUUGCUAAUCAUCAACAACAACAACAAUCUAGAAAUGAUGAUUCGGAAGCAUCGACAUCUUCAACUUCGAUGCCAAAAUCGGCGUAUUAUUAUGAGGGUGGGACGGCAACUAUGGAUGCGACAGCUAUUAAGAAACCGAAAUAUGAAUCUACUACAAAUGCUGGAGAUUUGACUAUGGAUGGCAAGAUUUUGAAUAGACAGCCAGUUAAGCUCAGAGAAGUUGCGAAUGAUUUUUCGUGAGUUUCUUCUCUGGAUUUUUUGUUUCUGCUUGAAUUCGGGUUCUUCUUGAUGUCAAUUUUUGACAAAUGUUUUUGAGCUUUCAAAUUCAGAAAAAUUUUAAUCUUUUGAUUUUUUAUGGGGUGAUUCAAGUCGAAAAAAAAAUUAGAUUCAGCAAAUGUCAAAAAACUAUAUUUUUUCCUAUUUUUUUUCAUUUUCGCUGCGAGAUAUUUUUCAUUUUUGUGUGGAAAAAAAUGUAAAAUUUUUGUAAAUGUAAAAAAUAUGUAAAAUUUAAAAUUUUUUGUUAAAAAUGUUUUUUUUUUCGACUUGAAUCAACCCAUUAGAAAAAUCCACAGCUUCACAGAAAUAAUUUUUCGCGAUUGAAUUUUGAAGGAAAAAUUACACUGUUUCAAAAUCAAUUUCAAAAUUUUACAAUUUUAUCCACUGUUUCCAGAAUUUUCCUACUGAAUAAAAAAUCCUGAUUUGUAACACAAUUUAUCACUAAGUAAAUUGUAAAAUUCUCGAAUUUUUGCUGUUUCAAAAUUCUGAUAUAGAAAAUUAUUUGGUGGAUAGUUCUGAUCAGAAAAUGAGAAUCAAAAUUUGAUCUUCAGAUGUUUUCUGAACUCAGAAUCCGAAAUUAAUGUAAGCUAAUUUUUCAGAAUCUCUAGGUUUCUUCUGAAAUGUUUGAAAAUUUGGAAUUUCAGACCUAGAAAUUACAUUCUGAAAAAAAAUCCGAUUUUUUUCACCAUUUUUCCGUUCCUUUUCCAUUCUCAUUCCAGUCUCAAGUAUCGUUUUCUCACCGCAAAAAUUCCAACAAAUGUUUUUUUUGCUCAUUGUAUUAUUUUUUUUUGACCACCGUUUAACCGGCUAUUAUUUGCUCGUCGUUGCCGCCAAAAAGUGUCUUUUUGUUGUUUUGAAGUGCUUGACACUUUUUUCGUUGUGUCAUUUGCGUAUAAUGUUGUUGUUGAUGAAAAGAAGGGCACGGCAAUCAGGUUUCUCUAUUCAAUUCAGGGAUAAGAAAGAUCCUGGAAAUUUGAGAAGGGCACAAAAAUAUUUUUAAAAACACGGAUUUUCCAGUCUCAGGAAAAGAAUUUCAAGAUUUAGAAGGUUCAGGAAUUGUCUGAACCUGGGAAAAUAAAAUUUUUGAGGCCUUGGGUUUAGAAUUUCUGGGAUUUAUAUUUCUGAACCCAAAAAUUCUGAAAAAUCGGAUUUUUUAGUCUGGAAGUUAUAAUUAUCAGAAUUUUUGGAUUUUCAGGGGCUUUUUCUAGAUAAAAGUUCUCAGUUUCAGAUUUUCUGGAUUUUUUAAGUUCUCAGAAGUUUCUGAAAAGUUCCAGGAACAGAAUUUUCUCAUAUCAAAAAUCAAUAUUUUCAGAACAGUCGCUGAGAACAAAGGAUGGGACAUAUUUCGAUUGUUGCCACCAAAACCCGACCAAAUCGGACAUGGUUAGUUCAAAAAGUGUCAAACUAUUAUAUAAGUACAAUUUGUUUCGCGUCUCCAUUUUCUUCUCUGCCUAUAUUUGCUCAAAUAAAUGAGCAUCAGGCCCCCGUGCUGUUAGCUAAUUGACCCAUCUCACGACUCAUCAAACUUUGCGCGCGCUCACAACACAAAAAAACGCUCCUGUAGUAAAUUGAAAUGUUUCAGGGUUUUGGCACGAUGCAAGUCUUCAAAUCCUCAAACUUGCCACAUUUAUUGUGUUAUUUAUAUUAACACUUGGUUCAGCGGUUGUUGCAAAAUCGACGUUUAUUUUGAUGACGUCAGCAAUUGGAUGGGGUGGUCAAACUGUUACGAUUUGUAAUCAAGUGAUAUCGGAAUCCACUUUGAAUACUGUGAAACUGAAAAAUGCACAUGUUGUGAAAUGGGUUUGGGCAACACUUUUAUCACUUUCCGCACCCGAAGCACUUUGUUUUGUCAGGUUAGAUUUCAAAUGGCCCCCGGCAACGGAGAUUAUGAGCACUUUUAAAACUUUACUUCACAAAAAAUUGAAGUUGAACAGAAAUUUCAGAAAAAAUAAAAGAUAAAUUUUCAAAUCUUCCUUUUUUUAGCUUCAAUUCGGAGAAAAAAACUCUGAUUUUCUCAAUUUUUCAAAAAAGUUUCUUUGAGCUAAAAUUUUGAGAAAAAUUAUAAAUUUUUGCAAUUUUAAAAGUUGAAUUUUGCCACGUGGAUUGUUUUGAGAAAACAUAUUUUCAAAACACAAAGAUAUAUCUGGCCGAACUAUUUUGGUGGCCGAGAAAUGUCGGGAAUUCGGCCAACGCGCUCCAAUAAUGAGAAUUUUUGCAACAUUAGAGCGAGUUUGUUGCUUUGGCCGAAUUCCCGUCAUUUCUCGGCCACCAAAAUACUUCGGCCAUCUUUUUAUUUUUUCUGAAAUUCAUGUUCAACUUCAAUAUUUGUGAAUUAAGUAAGUGCAUUUUGAGUUUCAUUCAUCAAUAUUUGAACAUUUUUAAAAGUGCUCAUAGUAGCAAAACUCCCAGAAUCUAUUUUUCAACAAUUUUUUUCCAGAUCAAUGCAUCGAACAAUGUUCCGAAACGUAAAACGACCAACAUUCAUCCAAUUCUGCUUUGUUUUGAUCAUUGAAUCACUUCACAGUAUCGGUGUUGGUAUUCUUGUUUUUCGAAUAUUCCCUGAUUUGGACGCUGUCACCGCUGUUCAACUAACAAAUGCAAUGUGUUUUGUUCCAGCAAUUCUCUCAUUAAUAAGUCGGCGACCAUCAAAAGUCGCAUUAAUCCUAGUCAUCAUUGAUAUUGCUGCAAUCGCUGCACAAAGUUCAGGAUUCUGGGCAUACCCGAUGUUUAUGCCGAAUUUGCAAAAACAUUCGGUUGCUAUUCCGGUCUCGCUCACCCUGAUUUCUCUCGCCUGGUGGCAGAAUUUUGUUCAUCGCGAUUCGGUUUUCCCGCCAGUCCGAACAUUGGCCAAAUUUGCUCAACGACUUUCUGAGAGAAGAUCAAAAACAUAUGCAUUUGUAUCAUUAUGGAAAAUAUGCAUCUAUUUUGUGUGUUGCUUUGUUUUCAUCUCAAGUCGAAUGAGAAUGGAAGAUCUGAUGCAAAGAGAUCCAUUCGGUGAAAAACUGCUAUCUGUUGUUGGACACGAUAUGAAUGCAACACAAAUUGAGAAAUUCCAAACGAGAAUCAAUCAAAUGAUUGAGCAAGCAAAUCGCGAAUAUUAUCCGCCAGCUCCAAAAGCGAAGCCGAAAAAACAACCGACAGCUGAGGAAGCGGAAGAAGUUGAUACUGGAGAAUAUCGAAGAUUCAAAAGGUUUUUGCCAGAUGCAGAAGAGCAAGAGGAAGAAGAGUUUAGCAGUUAUAAUGUGAGUUGAGAUUUUCAACGAGACAUAUAUGUUUCUGUACAGUUUUUAACGCUGACAGUUUUUCACGUACAGUACUGUACAAUUUUUCUUUCACGUUUUCUUUCAGUUUCACGUACUGUACAGUUUUUCACGCUUGUGAGAAAGACUGCGGUUCAAGUUUUUGCUGAGCACUCUCUAAAGAGCACAAAGUUAAGAAUUUCCUGAAAAUUGCGUUUUUAAGAGCCCAUACUCAUGUUAGAGAUGAUUUUUAUGAAAAACUGAAUGCGUCACGUUGUUCAGGAGGGUUGAUUUACUAAAGUCACAAAAUUUUGGUUUGUAAAUUCAUACUUUUUCAGAAAAAAAUUUUGCAAAAAAAAAUUGAUCACAUUUGAAAAUUUUUGGAAAAAAUUGUCACAACUUUUGACUUUUGUAAAUCAACCCUCCUGAACUUUUUUUCAGAAAAUUCUCAACUUUUGCCUUAUUUUUGGGCCCUUCAGAGAGUCGCUCAGCAAAAACUGAAAUGGGGAACUUGCUCAGCAUGAAAAAAUAUGUGUCUCACACUUUCCUUGUCAGAAAUUCUGACUCAGAAUGAGCAAAAAUAAUCAUUUUUUCUACCCAGAUCUAUUCAAAUUACGUUGAACGUAAUCAAUUAACAAUGGCAUACGAUGCUCUAUGGCUUGUUAUGCUCCAAGUUGGCUCGGUUUUCGUCUGCUAUCACAGUUCAAAAUUCGCCUGUAAAGUAAUGAUGCAACGAAUGGGAUUCGCUCUUCCAAUGACAUUAUCAGUUCCCGUGACUGUACUUCUUCUCUCCACUAUGUGUAAAAUGCGGACGAAAGAUCCAUGUCAUCUCACAAAUGUGCUGACCGUCGAAUUGUUUUGGCAAUGUGACGGAGCUUAUUCGUCGUUUGGCGAUUUUCUAUUGAGCCCGCAGACGUGGAUUUGGUUGUGUUGGUUGGCUUCGCAAGUUUGGAUUAAUAUUCAUUUAUGGACACCGAAGCAUGAAAGAUUGGCCAAAAGUGAAAAAUUAUUCAUUCUUCCUUAUUAUAUUGGUGCAUUUGUUGAUCAAUCGCUCGCAUUCAAUCGUAGAAGAGAUGAUAAAGCAAAAAUCAAAGCGGAAGAUUUGGAAUUCGACAUUGAAGAUUCAUCAUUAACAUAUGAAACGAUACCCGGUUUGGCUUCUAAAACCCCACCAAGUGUUUGCUCGGUGAGCUCAAGUAAAUUGGAAAAUGGGUUGAUUCGAGACGCGGCAUCGUCCGCUGACGCAAUUACAAAAAUCUACGCCUGCGCAACAAUGUGGCACGAGACUGGGCAUGAGAUGACGUGUAUGUUGAAGAGUUUAUUCCGAAUGGAUGAGGAUCAAUGUGCGCGAAGAAAUGCGCAGAAGUAUUUGAAGGUUAUUGAUCCGGAUUAUUAUGAAUUUGAAGCGCAUAUCUUUUUUGAUGAUGCUUAUGAUAUUAAUGAAUAUGGAGAGCCGGAAAUCAACAAAUUUGUACGGCAAUUUGUUGGAGUUAUUGAUCAAGCGGCAAGUGCAGUUCAUCAAACACAAUUGCGAUUGAAAAGUCCGAAAAAGGCGAAAACACCGUAUGGAGGAAAGUUGACUUAUAUAAUGCCUGGAAAGAAUAAAUUAUACAUCCACCUCAAAGAUAAACAUAAAAUUCGACACCGAAAACGAUGGAGUCAAGUUAUGUACCUGUAUUAUUUGUUGGGUUAUAGACUAAUGAUGAAGGUUGAUGAUCCAUCGAGAAAGGAAUUGAUUUCGGAGAACACUUUUAUUUUGACUUUGGAUGGAGAUGUUGAUUUUACACCGCAGAGUGUUUAUUUGUUGGUUGAUUUGAUGAAAAAGAAUCGGAGAUUAGGAGCUGCUUGUGGAAGAAUUCAUCCGAGAGGUGAUGGAGCUAUGGUUUGGUAUCAGAAAUUUGAAUAUGCAGUGGGACAUUGGUUGCAAAAGGCGACUGAACAUAUGAUUGGAUGUGUUAUGUGCUCUCCUGGAUGUUUUUCGUUGUUUAGAGCGUAUGCGUUGAUGGAUGAUAAUGUUACACGAAGGUAAAAAAUAAUAGAAACGAGAAAAAAAAUAGAAAAAAAAAUAUAUACCGUAGUUCGUCGCGACGAGACACACAUCUUUCAAAAAUCGAUGCGCCUUUGAUUCACAAUGGGGUGAUUCAGGUAGAAAAAAAACUAAAAAAAAAAUUUUUUUACAAAAAAAUUCGAUUCAGCAAAUGUCAAAAAACGCUAUUUUUUUCCACACAAAAAUGGAAGAUAUCUCGCAGCGAAAAUGUUUCAAUGAAAAAAAAAUUUCGAAAAAUGUCAAAAAAUAGGAAAAAAUAUCGUUUUUCGACAUUUGCUGAAUCGAAUUUUUUUGUAAAAAAAUGUUUUUUUUUUGUUUUUUCUCGACCUGAAUCACCCCACAACAAAAAAAGCCGUUUUUGGGGGCUAUUCCUGAUCAAAACAAGGAAUUCAACUUGAGCAAAGUGAAUUAGAACGAAUUUAGAGCUCGAUUUUCGUAAUUUUCUACCGGAAAAUAGGUUUUUUCUCAAUAAAACACUUGAAAAUCGUUUUUUACAGUGUUUCUUGCUUUAAACAGGAUUAGACUAUUUCCAUUCUUCGAUUUGUUAUUAAUCCGGUUGAUUUCUGCCUUUUUUUCAUGCAAAAAAUCGAAAAUCCGGAAAAAAAAUUAAAAUAUAGUAGUUUUUGAAAGGCGCAACAGCUGAAACACACAGGGUCUCGUCGCGAGGGGAAAGAACUAUACGGUAUAUAAUUUUUUUUCAAAAAAAAAUAUUUUUCUCGUUUCCAUUUUUUCACGUUUUCAGUGAAAACUUUUCACUAACCAUUUUCAAAAUAUUUUUCAGAUAUGCGUUGAAAUCUGAAGAACCCAAACAUUUCAUUCAAUAUGAUCAAGGAGAAGAUCGUUGGCUUUGCACACUUCUCCUUCAACGUGGAUAUCGUGUCGAAUAUUGCGCCGCUUCAGAUGCCGAAACUUUUGCGCCCGAAGGAUUCAAUGAAUUUUUCAAUCAACGUCGUCGAUGGAUUCCAUCAACAAUCUUCAACAUCAUGGAUCUUCUAAAAGACUACAAAAAUGUUGUGAGUGUCAAUGAAUCGAUCUCAAUCUGGUAUAUUAUUUAUCAACUUGUCAUGCUCAUCUCAUCAAUUCUCGGACCUGGAACUAUAUUUGUUAUGAUUGUUGGAGCGAUUAGUAUCUCAUUUACGAUUGAUACAAUGAUUUCAUUGAUUAUUGUGUCGGUUCCAGUGGUGAUUUUUAUUGCAGUUUGUUUGACUGCGACACAAGAGAAGCAAUUAAUUGUUGCUCAAACAAUCGGAGCGAUUUUUGCAAUGUUGAUGACUGCUGUUAUUGUUGGAACUAGUUUGCAAUUACAAAAAGAUGGUCUAUUAUCUCCCCAUUCAAUGUUUAUGGUUGCUGUUGUUACGAGUUUUCUGACUGCUGCCAUUUUACAUCCCCUUGAAUUCACAUGUAUUAUCCCGGGAACAAUAUAUUUCCUAGCAAUUCCAUGUAUGUAUAUGCUUUUGCCAAUUUAUAGUGUUUGUAAUAUGCAUACUGUAUCGUGGGGAACUAGAGAAGAUCCAAGAACAAAUGAGAAGAAUGAUUUGGCCAAGAAAAAAGGAAUUGAUUCGAUUGAAACGCCGCAACAAAAUAAUAGUAUUUCGAAAUGGUUGUGUUGUCCGAGAGAUCGUGUUGAUCCAAUGACGAUUGUUAUCAAUGAAAAAUUGAAUGAUCUCAAUAAAAAAUUGGAUAGAAUUGAGAGAAAAUCAGCGCCAACGUUGGGAAGAAGAGCGAGUAUAUUGUCGAGUACUGGAGGAACACUUCAAGUUGACAAAUGUUCGGAAGCUGAUGAAGAUGAGCAGGCUGAAAUUGAAGAUGCGUUGGAGAUGUCGAAUCAGUCGCAUGCGGCGAGAAAGAAUCAGAAAUGGAAGCAAGCGCAGAGUGAAGCGUGGCUCGGGGAUAAAUGUUUGAAGAGAGCGGAGAGAGAGUAUAUCGAACCGGAGGAAGAAUCGUUUUGGACUGAAGUUAUUGAUAGAUAUUUAUCGCCUUUGACGAUGGAUGGGAAGGAGAUGGAUCGAUUGAGAGCUGGAUUGAUUUCUAUUAGGAAUUCGGUGAGUUUUUUUUCAGAAAAUUUAUAAUGAGCACUUUUAAAAAUGUUCAAAUAUUGAUGAAUGAAACUCUCACAACACUUACUUCACAUAACAAAAUUUAAAUUUAAUUUUCGGAAAAAAAUACGUGGCCGAACUAUUUUGGUGGCCGAGAAAUGUCGGGAAUUCGGCCACAGCAACAAACUCGCUCUAAUUUUACGAAAAUUCUCAGCGUGUUGGAAUGCGUUGGCCGAAUUCCCGACGAUUUCUCGGCCACCAAAAUAGUUCGGCCACAUACAUCUUUGAGUUUUGAAAAUAUUUUUUUCUCAAAACAAUCCACGUGGCAAAAUUGAACUUUUAAAAUUGCAAAAAUGUAUAAUUUUUCUCAAAGAAACUUUUUGAAAAAUUGAGAAAAUCAGAAUUUUUUGCCGAAUUGAAGCUAAAAAAAGGAAGAUUGGAAAAUUUAUGAAUUUUUCGAAAAAAAUGUUUUUUUUUUAAAUAAAUUUCAAGAUAGAAAACUGAACUUUUAGCAAAAUCUCAUUUUUUUCAAAAAAUGAUUUGAAUUUUAGAGCAAAAAUCUGGAAAAGCAUAAAAAGAGAAUUGAAAUUCAAUUUUCCAAAUUUUUUUGAAAAAAAUUUCCGGCCUUUCGGCCAAAUCAACAAACUCGCUCUAAUAAUGAGAAUUUUCGCAACAUUAGAGCGAAUUUGUUGCUUUGGCCGAAUUCCCGAUAUUUCUCGGCCACAUAAAUAGUUCGGCCAUUUUUUCUGAAAUUUAUUUUCAACUUCAAUUUUGUUGUGAGUUAAGUGAGUACAUUUUGAGUUUCAAAGGUGCUCAUAAUCUCCAUUGCCGGACCAUUCGAAAAAAAAUCAAUUUUAUUUUCAGUAUACCGUAUACUUUUUGAUGAUCAAUGUUGUCUUCAUUAUUUCCGUCCUUGUUCUUCAAAUUCACAAAGAUUGCCUGAAUAUUGAAUGGCCAAUUGGUCCAAAAUUCAAUCACACAAUCCGACCGUGUUACGCGAAUCACGAUGAUCCAAAAGAAGAAAUCUGGGUGAUGACGAGACUUCAAUUAGAACCGAUUGGAUUAGUAUUUCUAGUGUUCUUUGUUAGUAUUCUGAUUAUUCAAUUCUUGGCAAUGUUAUGUCAUCGUUUCGGAACUCUUGCUCAUAUCAUCGCUUCCACUGAAUUCUUCUGUUUCCGAAAACCGAUUGAUCGAUUGAGUGAGGAUGAGAUGGUUGUGCAGAAUGCGGUGGGAAUUGCGAAGGAGUUGCAGACGUUGAGAGGAAUUGAUGAGAAUGCACAUCCUAUUGAUAUGGUUAGUCAGAAGGCUUUGAGAACUUUGAAAUUCUAGAAAAAAACAGUUUUAAAAUCCGGGAAUGUGGUUUUUUGAAUUCCACGUCAUUUUUCAGAAAGUCGAAAAAAAAAUUUUAAAACAAACAUUUUUUGACAAAAAUUUCGAUUUAAAAAAUGUCAAAAAACUAUAUUUUUUUCCUAGUUUUGACAUUUUUUCCACACAAAAAUGAAAAAUAUCUCGCAGCGAAAAUGUUUCAAUGAAAAAAAAUAGUUUUUUUUUCACAUUUUGCUAAAUCGAAAUUUUUUGUCAAAAAUGUUUUUUAUUUUUUUUUUCAAUGUUUUAAUUAUUCCAUUAUUUUUCAGAAAGUUAGAGACGCAUAGGAGCCAGACAAUUAGAGAUCACUAUAGAGUUAGAGACGCAAAGACACUCGCCUCGAGUGAUCUUGUAGAAUUAGGAGACGUGUUUUUUUUUAAUUCCACGUUGUUUUUUAGAAAGUUAGAGAUACAGAGCAGCUAGACAGUUAGAGAACGCUUGAAUUAGAGACGCAGAGAAAAAUUAUUUUUUCGUUUCCAUGUUUCACGCGAGAGAAAACGAGAGAGUGUGCGUGCAGAAGAGAGCGCGAGACGGAAAAGGGAUAUGAACAGACUCCGCCCACUUUUUUCGCUCUGAAUUUCAACAUUGUCCAAUUUUUCCAGACAUGUGAUGAUCGUGGAAUAUCUCGACGCCGUGUAGUUCAAAACCUCGAAUCAUCCCGAAGAUCAAUGAUGAAGCGAAAAACUGAAACCCUCGAUGCCGCCUUCAAAAAACGGUUCUUCGCUCUCUCAUCCGAACAAGCGCCAGAACAAGGUUUCGGUGGUGGAAGAGGCAAUUCGAAACGAUUGACACUCAAAAAAGGAACAAUUCGUGCACUCGAACAUCGCAGAGAUUCAAUGUUUGGAACACUUGACAAUCGAAGGGUAUUUUUGACCUUUGAAAAAAAAAUAUAUGAAAAAUUUUAAUUCCAGGACGCUGAAGAGAUUCAAGAUCCAUCAAAUAUGCGAGGACCGGCGCAACGAAGAUUAGAACGAUUAUUCACCGCUCAGCAGGAUCCUGAUCCGAUGUCGGCGCGCAGAAAAUCCCAACAACCCGAACCAGAACCGAGGAGGUUUUAA